AAUAGAACAUCAAGUUUAGAUUCUUGUUCACGCGUUCAAAGAUGCGUGGGGAAAACAACAUAGUCCUCCUUCUCCUCCUCCUGUUUGCUGUAAUUUCUCCGAACCAAGUAAUUGGUAGUGCUUGUACUCCGGAACAGAAGGCUGCCAUCCUAAAUCAAUGCGAAGAGUACAUCAAGCCUGGAUACCCCCUUAUACUGCCAUCGUACGCCAGUGUGUGUUGCGACAAGGUGAGAGAUGUGCCAAAUAGGGACAUGAACUGCAUCGUCGAUCUGCUCACGCCUCCAGAGAAGGCGAAACACGGUGUCGACAAGAUAAAACGUCUGAAAGAUCUCUGCGACAACUCGCCUCAUCAUCAGGUGGUGGUGUAGACAGACAGCAGCUGUCAUUGCUAAUGGAGUUCGGAGGCAAGAUAUAUGGUCUAGUAAAUAAAGUCGUCGAUCAAAGCAUGACAACUGUCAAAUGUAUCUUUGAUUAAGUAAAGUAUCACUCAAGAUUUCCAGUUU